AUGGAAUGGGAAAACCAAACCAUUUUGGUGGAAUUCUUUCUGAAGGGUCUUUCUGGUUACCCAAGGCUUGAGCUGCUUUUUUUUGUGCUUAUCCUAAUAAUGUAUGUGUUUAUUCUUCUGGGAAAUGGCACCCUUAUUUUAAUCAGCAUCUUGGACUCUCACCUUCACACACCCAUGUACUUCUUCCUGGGGAACCUCUCCUUCCUGGAUAUCUGCUACACCACCACUUCAGUUCCCUCCACGCUAGUGAGUUUCCUCUCAGAAAGAAAGACCAUUUCUUUCUCUGGCUGUGCAUUGCAGAUGUUCCUUGGUUUGGCUAUGGGGACAACAGAGUGUGUGCUCUUGGGCAUGAUGGCCUUUGACCGCUAUGUGGCCAUCUGCAACCCUCUGAGAUAUCCCAUCAUUAUGAGUAAGAAUUCCUAUGUUCCCAUGGCAGCUGGGUCCUGGUUUGCAGGUGUUAUCAACUCUGUAGUACAAACUGUACUUGUGGUACAAUUACCCUUCUGCAGGAACAACAUCAUCAAUCAUUUUUCCUGUGAAAUUCUGGCUGUCAUGAAGUUGGCUUGUGCUGACAUCUCAGGCAAUGAGUUUAUCAUGCUUGUGGCCACAACAUUGUUCACAAUGAUGCCACUGCUCUUGAUUUUCAUCUCUUAUUCAUUAAUCAUUUCCAGCAUUCUAAAGAUACCCUCUGAGGGUAGAAGUAAAGCCUUCUCUACCUGCUCAGCCCACCUGACAGUAGUGAUAAUAUUCUAUGGCACUAUUCUCUUCAUGUACAUGAAGCCCAAAUCUAAAGAGAUCCUUAAUUCAAAUGACUUGAAUGUUACAGACAAACUGAUCUCUAUGUUCUAUGGGGUGAUGACUCCCAUGAUGAACCCUUUAAUAUACAGUCUGAGAAACAAAGAUGUGAAGGAGGCAGUAAAACAUGUACUGAACAGAAAGUUCACCAGCAAGUGA